AGAAUGCUUCUCAAUUUAACACAGCCUUUUCAGCAGUUUUUUUACAAUUCAAGCUGAAUUUUGGUAUAGGCACUUGUGCUUGCACCGCUUCAGCUUGCACUUGUGGCAAGUGUUUUGGAUACCUUGUUGUUGUGGAUUAGGGCGCUAAGCGUCGAGGCUCGUAUGUCCAACUUGAACUAUACCUUACCUUGACCUUGCUGUGGAACUUAAAAUUUGGGUUCCUGAUUUCCUUACCUAACAUUUCAAUACCUGUCAAUACCUAUCAACCUACCUUACCUCUUUCCCCCUGUCAAUUUUGAUUUAUUAGUUUCAGCGCGUGGGAAUGCACUGCUAUUUUUUUUUUUUAAAGAGCGAAUUUCAUUGAAACUCGUGCGCCACAGAUGGACAUUUUCGAUGGUCUUCUUAAAAAGCUGCUACAAAAGGGAAAGUGAGCUAAAUCGCUGAUGUUGACACAAUCGUCAUUUACACCUGAAAAUCAAAGUAUCUUUUUUACAAUACAUGAGUUUAAGGUCAACAGUUGUCAAAUUUGGUGAAAAAUUAGUUUAAUUGAUUCUGUUUGUCAUAAAUGCUACUUCUAGCGUAUUCCUCUUUUACCUCGUAUACGUCAUUUGCCGAGCUGCCCAAUCACGUUGAAGCUUUUGGCAUCGCAGAGGCAAAUGGCCACAGGCCACACCUCGGAUGUCACCGGAGUUGGAAAUCUUUGUUUGAAAUUUUUUAAAGAUUUCGAGUUUUCACACGAAAGGUAUUCAUACUUUCAAGUUUUAACUUGCUGGGUUCCUAAUAUACCUUGGCUGGGUUGUUUGAACAAAUCCCUCAGGCAGACACAAAAGGAGGGUUUUGGUGAAUAUCAAUUACCUUGAGACCUAGGUACCUACAAUAAGAGGAAAUGAGCAGCCGCUCAGAAUUUGGCAACCCGGAGGCACCUGGCUAUGUUGGCUUUGCCAACCUGCCCAACCAGGUGCACCGCAAGUCAGUCAAGAAGGGAUUUGGCUUCACUAUGAUGGUGGUUGGCGAGUCAGGGCUUGGGAAAUCGACCCUUGUUAAUAGUCUCUUUCUCACUGACUUGUACCCAGAACGACAGGUGCCAGCCGCCUCCGACGUGAUCAAGCGCACGGUUAAGAUCGAGGCUUCCACGGUAGAAAUCGAAGAGCGCGGUGUCAAGUUGCGGCUCACGGUUGUAGACACUCCAGGGUUCGGUGACGCCAUCGACAACACGAACUGCUUCGAGCCCAUUGUCCAGUACAUCGACGACCAGUUCGAAAAGUACUUCAAGGAUGAGUCCGGGCUGAACCGACGGAACAUCGUCGAUAACCGGAUACACUGCUGUUUCUACUUCAUCAACCCGGCCGGGCACGGCCUGAAGCCGCUGGACGUUCAGUUCAUGAAAAUGCUGCACAACAAGGUGAACUUGGUGCCGGUGGUGGCCAAGGCGGACACGCUGACCAAGGCCGAGAUGGACCGGCUGAAGGCGCGGCUGCGCACAGAGAUCGGCGAGCACGGCAUCCGCGUGUACCAGCUGCCGGACUGCGACACGGACGAGGACGAGGAGUACAAGGAACAGGUGAAGCAGCUGAAGGCGGCCAUGCCGUUCGCGGUGUGCGGCAGCAGCCAGCAGAUCGAGGUGGCAGGGAAGAAGAUCCGCGGUCGCCAGUAUCCGUGGGGCGUGAUCGACGUCGAGAACCCGAACCACUGCGACUUCAUCAAGCUGCGGACCAUGCUCAUGACACACAUGCAGGACCUGGACGACAUGACGCACGACAGCCACUACGAGAAUUACCGCUCGGAGCGGCUGGCGCGCCAGGCGGCGCCCAAGGCGCGCGCCGCCUCCGUCACCGGCGCCGACGACGUCUCCGAGAAGGACCGCAUGAUCCAGGAGAAGGACGCCGAGCUGCGGCGCAUGCAGGACAUGCUGCAGCGGAUGCAGGCGCAGAUCGCUCAGAGCAGCUCCAGUUCCCUGCAGUCAGUUGGCAGUCAGUAGUGCGGCGCCGCCCGGCCACCGGUCGUUGGCCUGCGCCCGGUCCGCAUACCGCCCGGGCUGUGCUGUCCGCGUGCAUAGGAGGGUGCGCGGCAAGGUGUCAGGGAAAAGAGGUCCAGACUGAGCGGGAUUCGUAUCCAACCCGAGGCGGACCAGUGAUCGACGGCGAUCGGUCCGUCCGCGACCAGAGGCUGAGUAGAACUCGUUCCGUUCGGCCGGCUCGAGCUCUCUGUAUUCGUAGCGUUCGCCUCAUUAAUCGCUUCCCGCUGCCGUGCUGGCUAGUAAUAACAGAGUGCGACCAGACGUGUUCAGUGCCACCCGCGAUGGCUUGCCGUAGACUUACGAUGGCGCUGAUUCUACCAUUGUUGGUACGCUCGAUUGGUCCUUCGGGGGCAGGGCGGGCGGAGGGGAUGCCGCCCUGCCAGCGCGCGGCAGGCGAAGGUACCCUCGGACAGUGUGUCUCGCCGAGUUAGGGCUGAGUGAGCUGAGUUAUCUGCUGAGGGCUGAGUGAAUUGAGUGAUUGCCGAGGGCUAAGGUGCUACGCUGUCUUGGAUACACCCCGUCCCGGCAGCUCCGAGAUGCUUCCUCUUUCCAAAUCAGCACGCUUCAGUGGGCUUUUACCACGUUAUUUUGUACCCAAAGGGCAGUGGCCUACCGGGAUAUGUAUAUGGCAUAAAAAUACAUUUUUUCACAUAUCAAA